AUGUCAGAAAAUGAACAUACUGAUGCAGUAGAACGGAGAGACAAGCAAUUCGAAAAAGAAGGACACUCUGCUUGCAUUCAUACGAGGAUAAUUAAGAAACUCGAAUCCAUUAAUAGCGAUACUAAAUCCACCCUGCUGUUCGGCCUACUUUAUGCCCUGCUUUCAUAUAUAGAUGCAUUCUUAUAUAUCCUAGGUGAUAUGGUCAUGAUGAGUAGCCAGAUACCUAGCUCGAUCUUGUUCAUAAAGUCUGUGUUAGUCUUACCAGUGACAUUCUUUUUCAUCGUUAUUGUGCAGAAAGGGCUAAAAUUCCUUAGCCAGCCAAGAAUGCUUGAAGUUAUCCUCAUCAUCUCAUCCAUGUUUUUUUUAUUCUUUGGAUUUGUGGUUUGGCCCUACCGCGGGAGGCUUCAACAGGACUUUUUCUGGUCAAGAGAUAUAUUCAGCGAUGGAAAAAUGAAGGUUAGGCACCUGGACUUUUUCUUCCCGAUAUUCCUCGUCUUUAACGAAUGGUCCUCAACCAUACUGUAUCUCGUGGCAGAGCUAUGGGGAUCCUUGAUAAUCUCCUUCAUGUUCUUCUCAAGAGCAAUUCACCAGUGCACAGAGGCUCAGGUAAAGAAGUUCCUGCCUACAGUGUCUCUGAUAUCAGGAAUCGUUAUGCUAUCCUCUGGCUUGCUUACUAAAAAUUUAAACAGUUACAGGGAUGGGCUUCCAUAUCACAAAAAAGAAAGGCUGUUCUCUUAUGUGUUUGUUGCAACUUCGAUGCUUACAGUAAUAACUGCAAUGGCAAGCUUCUUUGUAGAUAGAACUAUCCCAAAGGAAGACUCAGAAUACGAGAGCAAAAAGGUGCAGAAGGCUCGCAAAAUGGGAUUUGUUAAAUCAUUAAGAAUAAUGCGAAGAUCUAGAUUUCUUAUGGCAAUGACUGAGGCAGUGGUAGCGGCUUCCGUAUGCUCUAACAUAUUCGAGGCAACAUACAGAGGAGGGAUAAUACUUGGUGCAGCUCAAGCCUCUUCCCCUAGAUCCUCAUAUAUGAACAAACUAAAUGCCAUGACACAGAUAAUAACUUCUGUCUUUCUGCUUGUGAUGUUCUUUAAGCCAGCAACCCAUCUUAUAGAGAGAAGGGGAUGGCUUUUGGUGGCAAUAGUUGCACCUGCCGUUGCCAUUAUCACGUUACUUUUAUUUUUCCCUAUGGUAUUCUUCAACAACAUCACUGAGGAUGAUCAGAUCCUGCCCACAGAAGGGCACAUGGGAAGAUUUGUCCUUGAAAACUAUGCCGGGAUGUUUCUGACAACGAUCAUAAGAAUAUCCAAAUACUGCUUUUUCGAUGUUGCAAAGGAAGCAGCCUCCAUAAGAGUGAGCCCCAUUCAUAGACAUUCCUUCAGAGGAAUACAUGACGGAUUGGGAAUAAACAUUGGAAAGACAAUAGGCUCUGUAUAUUGCACUCUAAUAACAGUUGUGUUUGAUGUCAGGGAUGUUAGGAACAUGGUUUCUAUAUCCACCGUGUUUGUAGGGGUGUUUUGUGUAAUAUGGAUAAGAUCUGUUUUUUAUAUAAGCAAAAAAUACAAGGAAUCUAUUGAAAAAAAUGAUUUCAUCAAUGUAGAACUGGCAGAAUACUGA